AUGUCAGCUGUCUCGCUCCAGACCACUGCAAUCCCAAUCGUCGACUUUGCAUGCUUCGGGGAUGGUACUUCCCCAGAAGCGACAGAGAUAGGAAAACAAUUAGUCAAAGCGUGUCGAGAAGUCGGAUUUGCAUACUUUCGCAACACUGGUAUCCCUCAGGCAGAGGUGGAUUGUAUGUUUGAAUGGAGCAGGAGGUUAUUCUCGCUUCCAAUUGAGGCAAAGCUGUUGGCUCCGCAUCCUACGGAGGGAUGGAAACACCGAGGAUAUAGCGGGGUGGGCAGGGAGCAAAUUUCACAAUUGGUAUCCAAGUUCGACCCAACGCAGGUCGCCGCGAUACAGAAACAAACUCCCGAUUUCAAAGAAUCAUUUGACAUUGGGCGCAAUAAUUGCCCACGCGUCUCCAAUGUGUGGCUCCCAGAGCAAGUCCUUCCGGGUUUCAGAGACGCGGCAUCUACUUUCUUUAAUACAUGCCAUCGCUUUGAGAUCGAGAAGUUAUUACCUGCGUUAUCUCUAGGGCUCGAGCUCCCUGGUGGAGGCGAAUUCUUGGGAAAAUAUCACCAAAAAGCAGAGUGUCAACUGCGAUUAUUGCAUUAUCCAGCUGCGCCUGCAGAGAUAUUCGCACGCGGUGAGAAAGGGAGAAUCAGUGCACAUACGGAUUUUGCAACGGGCACGAUUCUGUUCCAAGAUGAUGUUGGGGGACUCGAGGUUGAGUGCCCUCGUGGUUCAGGAAAUUUCGUCGCUGCGUCACCCAUUCCGGGAACGGCCGUUUUCAAUAUAGGAGACUUCUUAAUGCGGUGGUCAAACGAUACGCUUAAAUCAACAUUGCACCGCGUGUGUGCGCCCCCGAAUGAUGGGAAGUUGGGAAUGGUCAAGGAACGCUUCUCGAUCCCAUAUUUUAUAUCUCCUGACAGAGAUCUUUUGAUUGACUGCCUCCCUGGCUGUUGGGAUGAAGACACACCGAAGAAGUAUGAGCCUGUGACAGCAGGGGCGUAUGUUGACAUGCGGCUUGAUGCUACGUAUUAA